UCAUACUCGAGGUACAAACGAAUGUAUACACUUGCAUUGCCGAACAAAUAAGCCAAUAUGUAUAAACGAACUAAUAGCAGCGAAAGAAAUUUGUAAUGAAAAUGUUUUCCACAAUAAUCGGCAGAUCAAUACCUAUAAUAUUCGCACUUACUUCAAGUACAUAUUCCCAAAUCGACUAAUAUAACACAUCAGCGCAGUUGCAGCGGCCGUUGAAGGAAACCACAAGCCCCUUACAACAGCAACUGCGAACAGAAGAUUACACUUGGAUUGAGUCGAAACAAGUAAUGAAUGAGAAAAUAAAAUCACCCUCUGGGCAGGGUGGUGCAGCUGGAGGAGCCGGUGCAGGACCACCGAGCGGACCCGGCGGUACAGCCGGCUCUGGCGGACCUGGUAGUGGUGGUAAUGUUGGUCCAGGCUCCGUAGUUCCCGGUGGUCCAGCGACACCCAACUCAACAAUAGGCAGUGGACCGCCAGUUGGUGGUCCACCAGCAUCAAAUAACGGCAGUGAUCCACAACAACAAACAGUUCCACAUACAUAUGGACCGCCAGGCGGUGACCCAGCAGCGGCAAUAUCACAUUAUCAUCUACACCAACAACCGCAUCCACAACAACAUUUGCCCCAUCAACAGGGUGGUCCUGGUGGCCCUGGUGGCCCACAGAAUCCCGGAGAACAUCCACAAAAAGAUGAAUAUGGACAAAGUCCCUUGGGUGGACCGCCACCGGGUGGACAUCAUCCCGUUUAUGGACGUUAUCAUCAUCCAGAUCCAAACAUUGAUCCCUAUCGCUAUGGGCAUUCUCCCAUGCAGCAGCCACCACCCGGUGGUAAGCCGCAACAGCAACCGGGACCACCGACGGGACCUGGAGGCGGUAUAGCCUCACCAAGUCGACCACCACAACAACGAUAUAUUCCAGGGCAGCCACCACAAGGUCCUACACCCACAUUGAAUUCGUUGCUACAAUCGUCGCAUCCACAGCCACCACCACAACAUCGUUACGCAAAUAGCUAUGAUCCACAACAACAGCAACAACAAAUUCCACAACAGCAACAACAGGGCGGACCACAGGCUCCACACGGCCCGCCACCGCCACCACAUCAACCAUAUGGAACGCAACAAGGCUGGGCACCACCACCGCGUCCAUACAGUCCACAAUUGGGGCCCGCACAGGCCUAUCGAACACCACCACCGGUAAGUGGAAAGAGAAGCUUUUUAUAUUUGACAUUCAAAACAAUUACUCGCUGACUUGUCAAUUUCAUU